UGCAUCACAAAUGUGUCGGAGAGAGAGUGAGAGAGAGAAACCUGGGAGCAGCCAGACUGUGAGCCGGACACAGCUGCGAGGCACAGAUUCGGCUUCAUUCAGCACUGACAGCUUUUUGUUUUCAUCUUCAUCUUCAUCACCACCAUCAGCCAUGUCAGUUCUUCCUCUGCGGGUGAAAAUGCUGCGGCAGGUCUGGAGGCUGAAGGGCGUCGUGAUCCUCGUCUGCAGCCCGUUCCUCCUGCUGCCGCUCGCCGUCAGCACCACGGAGGCAGCCUGUGCUUAUGUCAUAGCCCUCAUGGCGGUUUAUUGGUGCACGGAGGUGUUGCCACUGGCGGUGACGGCGCUGCUGCCAACCAUCCUGUUCCCCGUCCUGGGCAUCAUGGAGUCCAAAGAAUUGUGUAUGCAGUACCUGAAGGACACUAACAUGCUGUUUGUCGGGGGCCUGAUGGUUGCCGUAGCCGUCGAGCACUGGAACCUCCACAAACGCAUCGCGCUCCGGGUGCUGCUGAUAGUCGGAGUCCGACCUGCCCUGUUGAUGCUGGGGUUCAUGGGAGUGACGGCCUUCCUGUCCAUGUGGAUCAGCAACACGGCUACCACCGCCAUGAUGGUCCCCAUCGUCCAGGCCGUCCUGGACCAGCUCCACAGUAACGUAGACCCCGAGCAUCCGGCCAAGAGUAAGAACAGGAGUGAGGCACUACCUCAGGAGCAUCAGGAGAAAACCAUCAGCAUCCUUCAAGCUGUUAACCCAAACAUCAUGGAGAUAGGUCUGAAUCAAUCAACCCAACCUCAAGGCAACUCAGAGAAAACCAGCAACCUACAAGGCAACGUGUUGCCUGAGCAUAAAGGGGUGUCACAGGGUCAGAUGGACACAAAGGAGACUGUCAAACCAGCACCACAAGACAAACCUCCAUCAGACAGCAGCAGCAGUCCCGUGGUCGUGACCGUGGAGAGCAACUUCUGUCAGAUGGAGCUGGAGGAGCUGAGUGAUGUGGAGGAGGAGACGAGAAGGAUGAGUAAAGGCCUCCUACUGUCAGUCUGCUACGCCGCCAGCAUCGGAGGCAUCGCUACCCUGACAGGAACCGGGCCGAACCUGGUCCUCAUCGGACAGAUGAGCCAGCUCUUCCCUCAGAAUGGUGACGUGAUCAACUUUGCAUCCUGGUUUGCCUUUGCCUUCCCCACCAUGGUGCUGACGCUGACCCUGGCCUGGUUCUGGCUGCAGUUUCUCUACGUGGGCUGCAACCUGAAGAAGACGUGGGGUUGUGGUGCGGUCCAGUCGCAGAAGGAGCGGGCGGCAUACGAGGUCAUCAGGGAUGAGCAUUCCCGUCUGGGACCCAUGAGUUACGGAGAGUUCAGCGUUCUGGCACUUUUCAUCCUCAUGGUGGUGCUGUGGUUCACACGAGACCCGCGCUUCAUGGACGGCUGGGCGACGUACAUGUUCAACUCCAAAGCUGAGUUCGUCACAGAUGCAACCGUUGCCUUGUUUGUUGCUGUUUUGUUGUUCGUUCUUCCCUCCGAGCCACCGCGAUACCUCUGCUUCUGGAGGCGCUCCGACACAGAGUCUCGGGUCUCUCAAGGCCCCGCCCCUUCUCUGCUCACCUGGCAGGUGACUCAGAAGAAGAUGCCCUGGAAUAUCGUCCUGCUGCUGGGAGGCGGCUUUGCUUUGGCCAAAGGCAGUGAGGAGUCUGGUUUGUCACGUUGGCUCGGUGAUCAGAUGACGCCGCUCCACUCAGUCCCUCCGUGGGCCAUCGCCAUCAUCCUCUGCCUGCUCGUUGCCACCUUCACUGAAUGUGCAAGCAACGUUGCAACAGCAACUCUCUUCCUGCCCAUCCUGGCUUCCAUGUCCCAGUCCAUCAGCUUGAACCCUCUGUACGUGAUGAUCCCCUGCACCCUCAGCGCCUCCUUCGCCUUCAUGCUGCCGGUGGCCACCCCACCUAAUGCCAUUGUGUUUUCCUCCGGUUUCCUCAAAGUGUCCGACAUGGCUAAAACAGGUGUGGUGAUGAACAUCAUCGGCAUCGGCUGCAUCAGUCUGGCCAUCAACAGCUGGGGUCGGGUCCUGUUUUCUCUGGACACUUUCCCCUCAUGGGCCAACGUCACUGCACCCGUAUAGGAGCAACAUCCUCCCACAUCUUUAUUUAUGCACAUAAAAACUUUUUCAGGUUUGAUCUUUCAGCUCCAGCAUCUGGGCAUUUCCCUGCAAGGAGUUUGUUUUUUAUAUUCGUGCUGCAGCACUUUCUGAGCCACCAGAAACAUCAUCUUGAUUUUGUUGUUUGUGUCAUUGUGCAUGUGCACGUUCUAGUAAACUGUCUACAGAGUAGCAUUAAUGGCAAUUAAUGGACUCCCACAUACAAGGAAUAUAGUCUACGUUACCUUUGGUGGAUUGAAAAACUAGAUCUACCUUUAUAUGUUUGUACAUGAUGGUGUUAAAUAAAUACACACAAACUGAGGUUACAGUUUAACAUAGAGUGCAGGUUUUAGUAUUUGUUCAUAGUGUCUUUAAAGCAAUCUUAGUGCCAAACAACAACAGCUUCAUGCACAAUUCCAAGUCCACAAGUUUUAAAUGGAUUCUUAAAAUGAGUUGGACUGUGGACUCUAACUACAAACAUUCAAAUUCUUGUUGCCCCUUUAAUUAUAAAAAAAAAAAGAACUAUUGAAUGACAUUGAUGAACAUUUAACAGCUGAAAGAAACCUGAAAUUAAAAAAAACAUCACAGGCUUUUAAUUUGAAACAUCUUCAGAAAGCUGUACUGUCAGGAGUGUAAUAUUAUUUUUUUAAAGGCAUCAAAAAAGAUGAAGAAGCUGAGAAGGAUGAAGGAUGAAAGCACAUUGUGAGUAAACCAUGGAAACACGGAGUAAGUUUAACAGAGGGUGAAAACAGGACCUAAACAAGAUGAUUAUAAAACACUUAAUAAAGUGUUGUCUGUAAUAACAAUGUCAUAUAAAAUUGUUCUUUUUGUUUGAAGUAAAAUAAGAAAAACUGCUGCUCCUGAUAUUUAUCUGCUCAUCAUAAAUGUGUGAAACUGCUUGUUAGCAGGUGUGCCACAGGGCUCUGUUUCAGUUUAUGUUAAUGAGAUUGUUUCUUCUGCAGAUGAUACUGUAUUAUAAUUUUCUUCCUGAUUGCUGUGAAGUUUUUUUCUUUGUGAUUAUUUCGCUGUUCUGUGUUUUUUAUUUGGAGGACUGACUCUAGAAGAGCUGCAGCAAAACUUUACUGACUGGGAAAAUUCCCAAUGAAGAAACCACUAUUUUCCCUGUGAACUGGAAUUAUUUUAGCGUAAUUAGUAAAUAUGCUUCACAUUUUAUAUGGUUUAUAUUUAAACAUAAUAACACAGUUUUUAUGCGAGCUGAUGAGUGUGUUCUGUACAUAUGUGAUGUUUUGUACCAUCUUGUUAACAGUUUUAUUUCAUAUUAAUAAAGAUCGAUCUUUAAAUGCA